CAUAACCAUACUUUAUGAAAUAUCUAAGAGAUAAUUGAUGGUUAAUUUAUGAAAUCUGAAUAUAGUAGAUAAAAGGUAUUCAAUUAAAACAAAGAAGAAAUCGUCAUAUAAAUGUAGAUUACUUUUUCAUAAAAUAAAGUGUAUAUUUAUAUAAAAUAUGAUGUUUGUGAUGUAUUUUGCACUAUAUAAUUGUGUUUAAAAUUUUGCAAGUAUCCUCCGUUCCGAGUUAAGAAUGCACACCUGGUAUUAGGCAUACCCCUCUUCUUACCGGGAAAUACCACGAUAUCCCUAUUACAAUUGGCGGAUCGCCGAAUUUUUGAGUGACGGGAGCAUUAGCCAAUCAGAGAGCUCCAUUUACACGCGCUUUCUGAAGCUAAGGACACGCCGCCAUUUUGCCCGACAACAAGCGAAAAUUCGACAUUUUAUCGGAUUGUUUACAUUGGUUUAUGACAACGCAAUUAUGGUGAAACGUUGCUGUUGGGACACUUGUAACACUGAUAGUAGAUACCCAGAUCGGCUUCAAGGAGAGAUAGUGUUCAUUCCUUUUCCAAAACCUGGAAGAAACUUGGAAAAAGCUAAGAGGUGGAUACGCUUGUGUGGUUGUCCCCAUUAUCAGUUAAAUGAAGAUAUACUCAAAGAAAGAGGGAAAGCGAAACAUUUAUACGUGUGUGCAAAGCAUUUUGUCAAUGACCAGCCAUCUGAGAUUCAUCCUGAUCCAGUGUCUGCAGUCAGUUAUGAUGCAUUGACACCAGCUCGAAAACCACCCACCAAAAGAGGGUCAAGUUCAGAAACGAGAACUACAUCUAAGCGACAGAUUUUGAUGGACAUUAGUACUGAUAUGAAUCAGCACAAUGAAGCUGGCAGUGAUGUGUUAAAGGCAUCAUCUGAAAUCCAACAUGUUUCAACGACUGCAACUACAAGUUCUCAAACAUCAGCAACAGAAAAUGUUAACCCAAUUCUUCCUGGUUGUAAUCCACUUGAAAUACUGGCCAUUAUUGCUGACAAUACUGCAUUAACUGAAGAGAAGGAAAAACUACUCCGAAUUAAUUUUGAGCUGCAACAACAAAAUUCAGGACGAUUUGGAUAUAAAAAACUGAAGGACACUGAUUAUCAGUAUUUUACAGGGUUUUCUAAAGACCGGUUCAAUGUUUUAUACUCAUUUUUAGUACCAACAGAAGAAGAUCCUAUUAUAUGGAGUAAAACUCUUAAAGGUGCAAAAUCGUUGUCAACAAAGGAUCAGCUCUUGCUUGUUUUGAUAAAACUGAGACAAAACUUUGACUUUAAACAUAUUUCAUAUUUGUUUGAUAUAUCUGUGCAAGACUGCAGUGCAAUAUUCACCCACUGGAUUAAUUUCAUGUUUUUUAGACUAGGUAGUGUAGAUAUAUGGCCUCAUCGUGAAGUAAUAAUCGAAAACAUGCCUGAAAAUUAUAAGAAAGAUUUUCCAGACACUUUCGUCAUUAUUGACUGUACGGAGUUAAAAGUACAAAAGCCCAGUUCUCUCAAUCGACAGAGUCAAUGUUAUUCUGACUAUAAGUCAUGCACAACUUUGAAAGGACUUGUGGGCAUAGAUCCAAGGGGGUCUGUAAUAUUUUCUUCCAUGUUAUUCUCUGGAUCAGUAUCUGAUAAAGUUAUUACAAAGGAGAGUGGCUUCCUAAAGUAUUGUCAGACCUUAAACAAUGUGGGAGAUUACAAAAUGGUGAUGGAGUUAUGGUGGACAAAGGGUUAAAUAUUGAAAAGGAAAUCGAAGCUAUUGGUCUUCGACUAAAUAUUCCACCUUUUGCGUCAUGUGCAACACAGAUGAAAGCUUCAGAGGUAACAGAAACUGUCAAAAUAGCCAAACAUCGUGUGCAUGUUGAACGGGCUAUUGCUCGUAUAAAACAGUUUAAAAUACUAUCGGGCAAAAUUAGUUUUUCUCUUUUUAGUAUUGUUGAUCAGAUAUGGUUAACUUGUUGUGUAUUGACCAAUUUUAUGUCAUAUUUAAUUCAAGAUAAAGAAAACUGCUAAACUUCA